CCCUUGUCACGUACUGACAAUCUUUUCCUCCUCCAUUAUAUAGUGCUCUUGUGCAAGAUUACAAUUAAUCAUACUUUUUUGUGGUCGAAUCGAAAUGGAAACGGAACCUCCUGAUGCACAUGUAACUCUAUCCGAGGUAGCCUCAUUGGAGACAACACCUAGACUUGGUUGCAACAUAUGUUGUAAUCUCGAUCGAGCUCUUGCGGCUGAAAAAGAAGCCCUCGAGCCUGUUCGUGAUCUUUCUAACUAUAGAUUAUAUGUAUUCAAGGGAAUAUGGUUCAUUUGUACCUAUAUUGAACUCAUGAGAGACUCAGCAUCAGCAGGCUGUGUCUAUUGCAAAUUUAUCGAAGGGGCCAUCAAGGCGUUUGCUCCCUCCAGCAACGGCGUCACCAGAGAGAGAGGUGUGACGCUAGAAUUAAAUGAAAGCAGUAUACGAAUAUAUGUGUGGCGAGUAUUUUCUUUUGAUGUAUAUUGGCAGGCCGAAUCAAUAUCGGGGCAACUUGAAUCGGUCUAUAAACACAUACCAAUACGACCAGAUAUUGAUCUACCGGACUCGGAGACAGCGUGGAACUAUCUGAGGAACUGUCUUAAGAUCUGCACCGAGACGCAUAACAUUUGCAAGCAGAAGCCAUCCCUACCUCCACCGAAGCGCCUGAUUGAUGUAGGAUUGGUGGGAGAUGGGCUAGUCAAGCUUCAUGAAACGUCACUUAGCGAUUCCUGGCAAUAUUACGUUGCUCUCAGCUACUGUUGGGGCGAUGCUAAGUUUUUGGUGACCAAGAAUGAAAACAUAGAAUCGCUAAGGGAGGGGAUCAGCCUCAAGCAAUUGCCAGAAACUAUCCGAGAUGCGAUUCAUAUUACUCGGAAGCUUGGGCUGAGAUAUCUUUGGGUUGACGCACUAUGCAUAAUUCAACCCGAUAAGACAAAAAGGGACAGGAAAGAUUGGGAAGAUUGGGAAGAACAGUCAGGGAAGAUGUGUUCCAUAUAUGAACAAGCUUAUCUCACCAUUGCUGCAUCUUCGGUUAGCUCAGCACAUCAGUCAUUCCUUGGUCAUUCUUCGCGACCACGCCGUUUCCAGUAUCGUAUUGCCAGCGAACCGGGAUUAAUCUUAACAGCGAGGAUUCAUUGUGCAAGCGGUUAUCACGGAACCGAUGUACCGUAUUCUGAACCGGUUGAUCCUAUAGAAAGACGUGGUUGGACCUUUCAGGAGUACUUACUACCGACUCGAACGAUAUCAUAUUCAACAGAUGAGCUCCAAUGGCAUUGCAGGGAAGCCAGUAUAUGCCAGUGCCAGGAGUACCAUCGUGUCAAGAAAGCGCCAAUAAUAUCUGCUGGCCAGAGUGAUUUGGAGAUACUCGAACUAUGGGAUGAAAUUGUGGUGAUAUACACACUACGUCAAUUGUCAGAUGCGAAUGAUAGACUGCCAGCACUGUCCGGAGUACGUCAACAAGUGGAGAGACAGACGGGAUGGCAAUAUCUGGCUGGGUUAUGGACAAAUCACCUCAUCCGCCAUCUUCUAUGGCAGAGAAACAUCUUUUCUACUAUGGAAGAACGGAACGCGUUGCUCCCGGCAGUGAAAAGGAGCCCGAGCUUCUCAUGGGCAUCGCUAGAUUGUCCCAUCCUUCCCUUCAAGCGUAAGCUCAAGGACUUUUACAGAGAUGUAGAUUUCCAGGAACAUGCGCGCCUUAUUGCUGUUCCGCUGUCGGAUGGUGAUCCAGUAAUGCUCGAAGGGAAGCUGAUACGAAACGUAGAAGUGCGUUAUUCAGACCAGGGGGAAUACGAAGUCUUCCGGACUCCAGGAAGAUUUGAACAGUCCCUUAUUGAAGAUGCCCAGCUUGAAAGUUUCGAUUUCAUUGAUUCAAGCGGCUUACCGCAACGGUCAGUGAGGAGGUCAAGCAAUCAUACCAACCAACCGGCCAGGAAACUUGAAAGUGGAAAUACGGUAUCCCUGUUCGUGCUAGCAAGCCAUCAGAAGGACUCCCUCAUCUACAUGAUCACGUAUCAUAGCCUGGUCCUCGGCAUCUCAGAGAAUGGAGUGUUUGAACGGCUAGGGGUAGUGAACAUUACCGAUUUUGAAUCAGACCUUGAAACCAGGUUGGAAGAGCUGGUAGACUUCGGUAGUAUAGGGACUCAAGAGAUAAAACUUAUUUAGAAUUUCUCUAUUACUCGGUUUAUGACGGGAAGGAGAGUGAAUUGCUUGCUACAAAUUGAAUAGGCAUCAAACAGGGAGGCUAUGAUAGUGUUCACAUUUCUACUUCCCAGAGGUUAGAUUGAAUUACUACGUUGGGAUAAGACGACCAUAGGUCCCGUCCACUUUCAUGAACAGUUUCUGUAAUCAUUAUUAUCAUGAUUUUUUAGUUGUACUCGUUUAUAGCAAUCAUAAAAUUGAGAGUAAGAAAAUAUAAGAAGGGAGAGAAAGGAGGGUGGAUGUGAUGGAUGGAUGGAUACAACUAGGUAGUCAAGGGGAGGGCUGAUUAGUCACGAGGGCGAGAUAGCGAAUGGUCGCUGUUAGGAGCUAGUGCUACUUGAUCGUCUGUAAAUAUCCCGAUUUUGUAUUCCCAUCAUACAGAUUCCAUAUUGCUUAUCUCGUCGUUU